GGUCAAACUCUCUAACCAUUAGGCCAUGACUUCCCACAGUACACAUUAACUAAUGGGACACACCUGGAACAAAUUAACAAAAGGACAGGAACGGGAAGGACCAAAUAAGGGCAAAAGGAAACAUAGGAAGCAGAACACACACAAAACAUGGAACAGAUUCUGACAUUGACACUUCCCACUUUAAACCAAUGCGUGUGAGUCUGAUCACAUGUGACAUCACUCACUGCAGUCUGACACCUGACCAAUAAUUCAAAUGCCUGAGGAGUUAUGAGUGGACAUAAACUUUAUGUUCUGCUUCAGAUCUUUUUAACAGCACAUAUCUAUAUCUCUCUCUAAAGAAAAACAUUACAUGGUCAUGCUGUAAGGUUUCUCACACUGGACUGAAUCAUGGUGGAGACUCAGGAGUGUUUUCCUCUUGGCUGUUUAUUGAAAUACCUGUUUACUUUGGUAGGAUUGAUAUUGUUCCUGGUGGAUAUAGUGCUGGACAUUUGGACUGUUGUGUCAUUCUAUCAGGAUGGGGCCUAUGUGUAUAUGGCAGUGAUGAUCUUUCUGCUGCUGGGCUCUUCAGUGUUGUUACAGGUGUUCAGCUGGCUCUGGUACUCUGAUUCACUGGACAAGAUUGAGACUAAGGUGGAGAAAUUUACAGACCGGCAUUCAUUGAUCAAACCAUUCCACUUCCUGCAGCUCGGAGUCUACCUCAGGUUUGCUUCUCAAUUUUCAGUAUUCUUUAGCAUACUUUUACAAUUCAUUCCAAACACUGAUUCAUUCAACAGCACAACUACUGUGUUUUGCUCAGAGCCUCGACAUCAGCAUGGUUGUAAUUAUAUACCUCACUCACAUAUUCAUCUGAUAUUGUUUAAUUACAUCCAAUGCUUUUCUGUUUCAGGUUUAAAGAUCCUCACAUCGGCUGCUGGGAUUGCCUUAAGCGUUGCUUUGUACCACCGCAGCAUGCGUAUCUAUCUUCCUGAAAAACGCAAGAUGAGUUGGAUCUCCACUGGUGUCUACUUCCUGUGGAACUUGUUGCUGAUCAUUCCCCGUGUAACUGCUCUGGCACUCUUCUGCAGUGUAUUGCCAUGCUACAUCAUAGCUCACUUCCUGUCCUUGUGGAUGCUGCUGGUUUUAGUGGCCUGGAGCCAGAAAACAGAUCACAUGAAAAGUCCUGGUUGGGAAUGGCUCUUCAGAGUUGCUGUUGGACUCAUCUGGUACUUCAGCUGGUUUAAUGUAUCAAAAAAAGGAAGCAUAAAAGUAAAAAUGGUUCUGUAUUAUAUUUUCAUGGCUUUGGACACAAUGUUGCUGCUGGGCUUAUGGUGCUGGAAGGUGUUUGAGUAUGCAGGCUGCUUACACCCUUUUAUAGUGAUCCCGACACUACUAGGUUUGUACAUCAUUGGAAUACUAGUGAAAAUUAUAUACUACAGAUGGUUUCAUCCAAAAAUAACUGAUCCUCGUGAAGGGCAGAUUAAACAAGCUGCAACAUAUAACACAGACUUGACAGACUCGACAGUCUCGUCCCUGGAAGAUAUAGCUGCAGCUCCUGUGCAGCCUCUCACUGGAGCCCUCAAGAGGAGCAGGACCAUGGCUGAUAAUUUCUACUUCUAGUACUUGUUUGAACUUUUUGAAGAUCCCCCCCCCCUUCAAAAUAUAGUUUGUAUUUAUAAUUUAUUUAAAAUCACAGUAAACCACAGUGUCAGAACCAAUGAAUUUACAGUAAAACAGUAUAUUUUAUUAACUGAUGUAAUGUAUUUUGAUGUAUGUUAAUUUAAAAUGUAUUUUUGAUCUGGAAGACUACUGGAGAGCAAAGUUGUACACAGAGCAAUGUAUUAUGGUGUUGUCAGAACCAAGUGACCUCAUAGUCAUGUUGACAUUUUCCCUUAUUUCCUUAAACUUGUGUUGCUCUGUUUAUGUCACACUAAUAGAUUGUUUAAUUUAAGACACUGUGACAUAUAAAUGUUGAUUACAGUUUUCCUCGAUUGCUAACACACAAUUCAGGAAACAAUUCAUAAUUUUCUCACAACUUGCACAAACCUCAAGCUUCCAGGUCAAAACUAAAUAUUCUAGUCAAAAACAUAUUCUCUUAGGUCAAAAUCAAACGUUGGCCUCAGAUGAUGCACAAACCUAACAAAUACACAGACUACUCCACUGCCUAGAAAACACCAGUGAGAUAAAUUCAAAACACUGUUACUAAAACCUCUUAUUAUUAAAAUUAUUAUUAUUAAA